AUGGCCCUUGUACGCGACCCGUACUUCUGGAAACGUUUUUCAACGGCAGUUCAUCUGGAUGAAGAAUCAAAAGGCACACGCACACCCGACAUUUUGACCCCGAUCACCGAAAAAGCACAAGACUCCUGGCUAGAACGUGAGCGACGAAAAAGCAAGAAGUCUCUCAUCUGGGGCUUCAUUAUCUUCUUUUGUAUCAUUCUCCUCGUCACCGGUGGGGUGAUUGUAUGGUGGCUCAGCAAGCACCACUGGCUACAAAGCAUCGAGCCAUGA